AUGAAUGCAGAUUAUGUUUGGAAAUUAUCCAAAUUUGGUCGUCUUACAUCCACGAAGUUAAGAUAUGACGAUGAUUUUUCAGAUCGAUUGAACUAUCAAUUUACUGGACUGUUAUUGUUUGUAUUCAUUGGAAUUAUCGGUAUACGUCAGUAUGUUGGCAAACCCAUACAAUGUUGGACACCUCAAGAAUUCACAAGAGCGUGGGAAGAAUAUGCUGAGAAUUACUGCUGGGUAGCCAGUACUUAUUUUAUACAUUUAACCAGAUAUCCUCAACCAAAUGUUUUAAUGUCACAGCCAAAUUUUAUGCCUGGUGGUUAUAUAGACACAAAUGGUCAACGUGUAUUUCAGCCUUAUUCAAUAUUUCCAACAUUUCCAAAACCAAAAGUUGGUGAAUUGCCAGGUGAUGGUAGACUGAUAAGUUAUUAUCAGUGGGCACCUAUUCUGUUAGCUGUACAAUCAUUUUUAUUUUAUUUACCCUGUCUUGUCUGGAGAUUAUUCGCUUCACAAUCUGGUUUUCAAGUGAAGAGGAUAAUGCAAUUUGCUUCAGAAGCAGCUCUGGCAGCCCCAGCUGAGGCUGAUGUUCCAUGCCAGCCACAAACACAACAAAACCCAGUGGAUCAGAUGAAUCAAAGUCGAAAGCGAACUUCAGCAAUUGCGAUGAAUAUUAUGGGAUUCUCGAGUCCAUCUUCUGUUCCUAGUUUUUCAGCCACUAAAUCUGUCAGGACCCUGGCUCGUUACUUAGAUAUGUGUUUUAUGAGACAACGUGAACUUCGUCGAUCUAUUCUACUUGGUUCCAAUCGAAAACCAGAGAAAAAUGAUCACAUGUUCUCCUCACAAGCUGCUGAGGCACAGUGUGACUUUAACCUUCAGGAGACGGCAGCUGGUUUUUUUAAACGGGAUCGCACAAACACAAACCGUGUUCGAACUAGUAGUUCACGUAUGACAAGAUCAGAACUAGUUGAGGAAAUUUCAGAAGAUGGACAAUACUCAACUAGUCAACAAUCAACAAAAACUUCAAAGACGAAAUGCCUUCACACUUUUAAUUGUUCAUGUAAACCUUGUUUAAAGCGUAAAUCGACGUCUAGUCACUACUCGUACAACAAAAGACAGCAAAAAUUACCUAAACAGACAGAUUUGCUGCAUAACUUGGAUGGAAGACCAAUCCCAAAUAGUUAUCCUACCCAAAAGUCAUUAGUUGACUUUUCACGGACUGGAAAUGACAUGUUAAUAGAUGAGUUUUUGUCAGCAUCAAGUAAUUGUUGUUCAUGUUGGAGUGUGGAAUACAAUUUCUAUGGAAUAAGAGUAUUAUAUGAUUUAGCCAAAGGUAGACAGUGGGAAGAAUCUGGUCAUUUCCCGAGAGUAACAUUCUGUGACUUCGAAGCAAAAAAACUUGCACAAAGUCAUUAUUACACAUUACAGUGUGUACUUCCAAUUAAUAUGUUCUUGGAGAAGAUUUACAUAUUCUUGUGGCUUUGGUUCUUCGUGGUUGGGAUUGUCACAUUUUGUAGUAUAGUGGUAUGGAUUAAAAGAAUGGGAACACAAAAACUCAGAUUAACAUGGAUUCAGCAGCAAUUGAUAACUAUACGCCAGUAUAAUAAAGACGCUAAAAGUUUUGCACAGUUUGUGAACAAUCAUUUAGGUCCAGAUGGAGUAUUUCUGUUAAGACUAAUUGCACAGAAUUACGGAGAUUUAGUGGCAGGUGACACUGUUGGUGAACUGUGGGUGGCAUACUGGCAGAGAAGAUCAAAAAAUUUAUCAGAGCGAAGACGUAUAGAAAGCAAUUCAAGAAUACCAAAUUCAGUAAUAACACCUCUUAAUAGAUUUGAUCAACCUGUAUCCACCGCUGCUUGCUCUAAGAAUUCAUCAUCAAGAAACCAGCCUUACGGUACAUAUCAAAUGUCAACAGCUUUAACAAGAGAGCAGAUGGAAAAUAAGACUUCUAAGCAGACUAAAAAAGACAGAUCACGUCGUACUGCUGUCGCAUCGGGGGUUCCAACUGCAAUGUUAGCAACGGAGAUGGUGCAUCCUGCGGACCGAUAUGGAGUCCCUUUAAUAGCAGCUACUCGAAAACCACCAUCCGUGCCUUCUCGAUCGUCUUCAAGGUAUAGUCAACGGAGCAGAUCCAGAGAACGAUCGCAGUCACCUCCACCGAUACCUUCACGAUCUCCAGGAUGCGAAAACUAUAGUUUUAGUGACAAACAAUCAUUAGGAGAUUUUGAACAUCAAAGUGAAAACUCAUCUGUCGUUUACCCAGUAUCGUCUACAGGACCAGAAGAAGGAGAAAAUGUUGGUCACCAAAAUGAAGACGUUGCAGGAACUCAUCAGGUGGCAAGUGUCCAAGACUCAUUCGAAUACGAGGAUUCACAAGGGAAUAUAUAUACAGAAAAUCUGAAUGACCAGUUCACAGAAGACGUUCAGAAUGAUGACAAUAUUGUUUAA